AUGGGGAAAGAAGACUACACAGUUGAUGGUGUGCCCAAGGCAAAAGCACCUUUAUUUUGCUCACUUCGAAUAACAUUAGCCAUAGUCGCAUUUUUUGGGUUUUUUCUCUGUUAUGCUCAACGAAAUGGAUUGAGCGUGGGAAUUGUGUGUAUGGUUGAUCCUAAAGCAGAUGCAGGUCAUCAGACAAACAGUAAUAGCACAAUUAGCCGAAAUUUUCCAGCUGCUUGUAAAUAUAAUGAAAAAACAAUCGCACGUUCACCAAAUCAAGUAUUAUCAUGGCCGAAGUCGACGAGAGGUGUUAUUCUUGGCUCAUUUUACUGGGGUUAUGCGCUGACACAAGUACUUGGAGGAAUAGCGGUAGGCUAUCUUGGACCAAAACGAUUUUUGGCUCUACUCGUAUUCCUUUCAUCACUAUGUACAUUACUGAUACCAUUUGUGGCAAAAUAUCACCCAGCUAUUGUGAUUAUUCUUCGAAGUAUUACGGGAGCAGCGCAGGGUGGUGUGUGGCCAACUAUUUUUCGAUUUUGGUCAUCAUGGGCACCUGCUGGAGAACGAACUACAUUGCUUAGUUUGCAAUCGGCUGGCCCAUCGAUGGGUACAAUUAAAACUCCUUGGAUAGAUAUGCUUAAGUCGAAAGCAUUUUGGGCAAUUAUGAUUGGAAUGUUCUUUUGCGAUUUUGGCCUAUACGCAAUCUGGACUGUUGUACCGGAAUAUAUGAACGAAGUUUUGCUUUUCAGUAUUGAAGAGAAUGGAUUUUUCUCAGCAUUGCCACAUAUAGCAUCGCUCAUUGUUGUUCUUACUACAGGUUAUUUAGCUGAUUAUAUUAUUCGAGAAGAAUAUGUUAAACGAGUUACUGCUCGAAAAAUAUUUCAUACAAUCGGAACAUUGUCGCCAGCAAUUUGCUUACUCGCGAUAUCGUUUCUUGAUUGUACACGACGAUAUUUAGCUGUUGGUCUGUUGACAACAGGUGUUGCUCUGAAUGGUUUUAUGAUGUCGGGUGGUUAUGUAGUGAAUGUAGGCGAUUUUAGUGGUGUCCAUUCAGGAGUGGUAUUUGGGAUAUGUAACACUGUUUCCAGUAUUGGCGGGUUUUGUGCACCCUAUUUAACAAGUCUUAUUACAAAGGAUGUUAGUACCAAAACCACUGCACAAUGGCGAAUUGCUUUUAUGAUUUAUGCUGCCUCAUUUUUUAUUUCAACAAUUGGCUUUUUUCUCCUUGUUCAAGGUGAAACUGAGCCAUGGGCAAAAAAGCAAAAUACAAUUAAUUAUGAUGCUGAUGCCGAGGUUAAUAAAGAUUUAAUUGAAAUGAAAGAUAAAAAAGAUGUCAUCGUCUAA